CCAUGGCCGGACCAGCAACCAAAGAGGAGAGGGGAAGCGGGAAUCAAGAGGAAGAGAAGUCCAUGACCCGGCCGGUGGGAUGAAAAACCCACUACGGUGGCCAUUGCUGUCCAUGGUUUCCCCAAUCUUGCUCCCCUUUCUGAGGAAUUGUGCCUUCGCAAGAACCACUGUUCAUCUCUGCCUGCAGCCACUGCAGCCACCGCAUCCAUCGCACAGAACCUUAACCCACCGUCCACACAAAUAUAGCAGUCAUGACUGGCGAUCAGCUUCUUCGAGAACAGUCCAAGCUCUUCCAGCCCCUGGCUAUCGCCAAUGGCAAGAUCCAACUCAGCCACCGAGUGGUGCAUGCCCCUUUGACGCGCAACCGGGGCGAGCCUCUGAACCCGAUCAGCACGCCUGAGAGUCCCAAUCGGAUUUGGUAUCCCGGACAAUUGAUAGUCGAGUACUAUCGCCAACGCGCGACUCCAGGGGGGUUGAUCAUCUCCGAGGGCAUUCCGCCAUCGCUCGAGAGUAACGGCAUGCCAGGUGUUCCCGGUCUCUUUACCGAGGAGCAAGCCGCAGGAUGGAAAGCUGUCGUUGAAGCUGUCCAUGCCAAAGGCGGAUACAUUUACUGCCAGCUCUGGCACGCCGGCCGUGCCACCAUCCCUCAGAUGACUGGAUCGCCCGCCGUCUGUCCCUCCGCCAGUGUCUGGGAUUCACCCACAGAAUGUUAUUCCCACCCCCCGGUGGGCUCGACCGAGCCAGUGCGCUACGCAGACCAUCCACCCAUCGAACUGAGCGUUCCCCACAUCAAGCGGACCAUUCGGGACUAUUGCGAGGCCGCUAAGACUGCAAUGGAGAUCGGAUUCGACGGCGUUGAGGUCCACGGUGGCAAUGGAUAUCUCCCCGAGCAAUUCCUAAGCUCCAACAUCAACAAGCGUACCGAUGCGUACGGUGGCAGUCCCGAGAAGCGCUGUCAUUUCGUCCUCGAGCUGAUGAAUGAGCUCGCACAGACGGUCGGCGAAGAGAACCUUGCCAUCCGUCUCUCGCCUUUCGGCCUCUUCAACCAGGCGCGCGGCGAGCAGCGCAUGGAGACCUGGACGUUCUUGUGUGAAUCGCUGAAACAAGCGCUUCCCAGCCUAUCAUAUGUCAGCUUCAUUGAGCCGAGAUACGAACAAAUCUUCUCCGUGACCGAGAAAGAUACCUUCCUCCAAAGCUGGGGUCUCUCCGAAGUCGACCUCUCCUCCUUCCGGAAAAUCUUCGGCUCCACACCUUUCUUCUCCGCUGGCGGAUGGGACCAGACCAAUUCGUGGAAUGUGCUUGAGUCCGGUCGCUACGACGCCCUGCUGUAUGGACGCUACUUCACCAGCAACCCGGACCUGGUGGAGAGGCUGUACAAGGGUAUCCCCUUCACACCGUACGACCGCAGUCGGUUCUAUGGGCCGUUCGAGGACAACAGAGUCUGUUAUGUGGACUAUGAGCCUGCCCGGGAGCAGGACGAGGGCGAGAUCCGUGGAAGAUUGUGAGAGAAAUUGAUUCUCGAUGGAUCGGUCGUCUCCUCCGACCUCUCACGAGAUCUAUUGGCUUGUGCUUUGUAGCGUUGCAUUAACGAAGAAUGAUUAUGAUUUGAAAUAUAAGUUCUCUCCCCUUGGGAUGUCGCCGUUGUCGAGUCAACCUAUCAUAGAUAUCUGACCACUCGAGGUCUGCGCUUCGACGUACUGUAGAAGCAAAGUGUAUGAAGAGAAGGGGAAACGGCUGUUGUUGUCUGCCUUGUCGACAAGAACGUGACAUGUGCGACACGUGCUCGACGCGACCACCCCAGUCAGCACCUUGUUGCACCACCACGCUCUACUGAGAAUGUCACCGAGAA